AUGGCUGGUGAAUGGGGACUUCAUCGAUUUCGGUGGUCAAUCAAUUCACGAAGAGCUGUGAACUACUAUAACAACACUUUCGAAGAUCCCAUCAUGCUAGCUGGCUGCUUUCAUUACGUACGUGAUGUUGCUGAUAUUAAUUUCUGUAGGAGGUGUUUGGCAAAUCAAAUGUUGUUGACUGCUAAAAAUUUCGAGCUAUUGGAGCCAGUUAUUAGAGCCAUCCUAAAGCUGCAAUAUGAACUCAAGUUCAAAUAUAGAGGCCCCUGUUCUGAACAGAACAUUGUGGCUGCACAUUAUAUUGCAAAUUUAGGAGCUGAAGCACUUGAGCGGAAGAUGGAACAGGGCCUCAGUCCAGAUCAGGUACAUGAAGUUAAGGAGAAGAUGGAAAAGGAAGAACUACAAGCACUUGAGGAGGAGACUGGGUUGGGUGUUGAGUCCAGAAAAGGUUUAGGAGAACUACAGCCAAUUUCAAAGCUACAAUGUAUGUUUGAGAGAUUAUUCUCAAAGUUAUGGUGUAUUUUGAGUUCCUUCCCUUUAAUUUGCAUUACCUUACCUACAUAUCGGCAAAACCUUCUUCUGUUGACCGAAGGUAUAGCAGCCAUCAAACUUGAUAUGUCCAAAGCGUAUUAUAAGCUUGAAUGGGAUUUCCUAGAGAAAGUGUUGACUAAAAUGGGUCUUCCUCACCAUUGGGUUAAGCUUACAAAUCAAUGUGUCUCGACUGUUUCCUACUCUGUCCUCCUCAAUGGUAUCCCCACUGGUUUUUUCAAACCAAAAAGAAGUCUAAGACAGGGUGACCCUCUUUGUCCUUAUCUCUACAUUAUAUGCUCUCAAGCUCUAUCUUCUCAAAUUGAUAAUCUUCAGAAAAAGGGUAUUGUAGAAGGUAUUAAGGUUUGUAAAGAUGCCCCUGAAAUGACACAUCUUUUGAAAAUCCUUGAACAUAGGAAAGCUCUUUCGGACAAUAUUUUAGAUAUUCAAAGCAGGGAUCUGAGAGAGAAAUACCUUGGAACUCCUACUGUUUUCCAAGCUUCCAAAAUCCAAACUCAUAUGGGUAUUCAUCAGGCUGUGGAUGCCAGAAUCACUAUCUGGCUUCAUAAGCUUUUAUCCCAGGCUGCUAGAACUACCCUCAUCAAACACAUUGGCCAAGCUAUUUCUCUCUUAAAAAUGGGUGCCUUUCUUAUUCCUAAACACCUAUGUAAACAAAUGGAUUCUCACCUCUAUAAGUUCUGGUGGGGGGAAACUUCAGAUCCAAAAGAUAGGAAACUGCAUCUGCUUGGUUGGGACAUUCUUUGCUCCCCCAAAGCAGAAGGUGGUUUGGGUUUUAGAAAGGCUGAACUAAACAACCUAGCCAUGCUAGCUAAGAAUGCUUGGAGAAUUAUUGAAAAUCCUGAUUGCUUGUUAGCUAGUGUUCUCAAGGACAAGUAUUUCCCAAGAACUGAUUUCUUGAAUGCCAAACGCACUGAUAGAUUCUCUUGGACCUGGAGGUGCUUGCAUGCCAUAAAAGAACUGAUAAAGCCUUUUAUUUCUUGGAUUGUGGGGGAUGGACAAUUUAUUGAUCCUUGGUGUGAUAAAUGGAUACCUACUAUGGGUUCUGCCACACCAAACCCCCUAGUCCCACCUGACCCCAAUGUUAAAGUGUCUUACUUUAUUAAUCCUCUCACUAGAGACUGGGAUGUUUAUAGACUUAAUACCCACUUCGACAAUGCUUCUGUUCAGAAAAUUGUUACCAUUCCCUUAAGCUAG